ACGCCGUUUCCGUCCCGAUCAUCAGUAUAUCUAGUCUACUAUUAUAAUAAUAAUUCAUUUCGCAAUGCUGUCCUGAACACCACUGCGCUCGCUUCACUAUCACUCUUUCACCACCGCGUUGUGUUCACUCCCAAAGUUUUAUACCCGGUCUAUUCACACCGACACCUCCCCCUUAACCGCUCUCACAUUAUUUUCCCAUAUACCGCUUAAUAGAUCCAUCCAACUGCAAAAAUGGGUGGCCUCGGCGAGGUUCUGUAUUACCUAUUCCACCCAAACCAGCUACGGUCCAUCGUACAAUGGAAAGUUUGGCAUGAGCCGGUUCAUAGGCGUGAUCCCGCCAAGGAGGCGCCCACUCUACGAUCAUGUUUUCACUUCCUGAACAUGACUAGCCGCAGCUUUUCCACUGUCAUUCAAGAGCUACAACCUGAAAUGCUGGUCCCCAUCGCUCUGUUUUAUCUCGUGCUGAGGGGAUUGGACACCAUCGAGGAUGACAUGACCAUUCCGCUAAAGACAAAAGAGCCUAUGUUACGCGAGUUCGACAAGUACUUGAAAACUGAUGGCUGGAAUUUCAAUGGGAACGGCCCUAACGAGAAGGAUCGUGAGCUCCUCGUUCACUUCGACGAUGUGAUCGCAGAGAUGAGAAAGAUCGACAAGAAGUACUAUGAUAUCAUCGAAGAUAUUACCAUUAAGAUGGGUAAUGGUAUGGCUGACUACGCCGUGAACGCUGAGUUCCAAGAAGGUGUCAAGUCGCUUGAGCAGUAUGAGGAAUACUGCCAUUAUGUUGCUGGUUUAGUCGGGGAGGGCCUAACUCGCAUAUUCGUACAAGGCAAUACGGCGAACCCCGCUCUACUCGACCGCAUGGAGCUUUCUGAGAGCAUGGGCCAGUUCUUACAAAAGACCAAUAUCAUCCGUGAUGUUCAUGAGGAUUUCGAAGACAAGCGAAGGUUCUGGCCUAAGGACAUCUGGAGCAAGUAUGUUGACAACUGGGAUGACUUAUUCAACCCAAAGAACCGUACACAGGCUCUCCAGUGCAGUUCUGAAAUGGUACUCAACGCUUUAAAGCAUGCUGAUGAAUGUCUAUUUUACAUGGCUGGUAUCAAGGAGCAGAGCGUCUUCAACUUCGUCGCAAUUCCGCAGACCAUGGCUAUCGCCACCCUCGAGCUCGUCUUUCAAAAUCCCAAGAUCUUCUAUAGUCACAUCAAGAUAACAAAGGGUGACGCUUGCAACUUAAUGAUGCAAUCAACGCAGAACCUGCGAGUCGUUUGCGAAGUAUUCAGAGGAUAUGCAAGGAGGAUAGCGAAGAAGAACGACCCAAGAGACCCUCAUUACCUUGAGAUAAGUGUGGCUUGUGGCAAGAUUGAGCAAUUCAUUGAAACUCUAUUCCCAACGCAAGACGCAAAGAAGCUGCAGGCUGUGCAGGAAGCGGAAGGCGAGGUACAAGACGCAGCCUCGAAUGAUUCCUGGGAAGCCUUAUUAUUGGUCGGAUCUGUUGUAUUCGUGCUUCUAUUGGUUUCCGGUCUAAUGCUUGGUUUGGCGUGGUAUAUGGGAGCGAGGUUUGACGUGAUUUUCGAUAAAUCAGCCGCAUCCAGUUUAAGAGAUGCGGCCAAGGCGACAGCUACGACAACCACGACACUACUAGCUCACGAGGAGUUAUAACGGGCAUAUUAACCGACAUGACCGAAAGGUGUAUGAUAACGUAAGUGACGCUGGCGGGACUUUGGGGGAUCGCCGUUUAUUAUAUCACUUUUAAUGCGGUAAGGCGUGACAGAUCAUGCUACGAGAUGAUGAGGCAUCCUCUUUAUAAUACUUACUAAUAUACAUAUACUAAUAUUGUAACUGAUGCAUGUUUUUCGUUGUACGAUAUGUC